GAGCUGCCACACCAACAUGGCUCUGGCCAGCCCUCCAUGGGACAAGGUUUUUUGGAGGGCAACUGGACGGUGGGAGUGGCUAGGCUAGGGUAGCCAUGUAUAAAGCGGGAGAAUUUAGAGUUUAGAACCCCAAAGCACUUUUUCUUAUAUUGUUCUGUUAAGUGAUUGAGGUUGAAUCUAACCUUUGCAUGAUCAUCUAUUUGUUAAUUGUCAGGAAAAAUUAAGAAGACAUACCCUUGAACUUCUAGAAGAGGAGACCAUAAAAAAUAGUAAUCUCCGUUUAAAACUCCAGAAUCUUCCAGAAAUGGUUACCAAGGAGUUGGAAGGUAGUGUCAAGUUAACCCACUCUGAGAAUAUAAGUGAGGAGACAAAAUGUAUCCCUAAAGUAAGAAUCACAGCUGGGAGCGACCUGUAGUUGACAAUUCCUACAGUAAUGCGUUAAAGAUUACAGAAAAUAAACCACAUUCAGAUUGUUGUUAUACAUGUUUCUAGGGUGUUGUUUUUUUUUUUUUGCAACAACUGCGCGCGUUAUUUUUCUAGCUCUUGUUGCUGCAGCCCGUGAAUCCAGUACUGCUAAGAUAACUGAAUUACAGACUGCACUGAAAAACAUCACGUAUGAAAUCGAAUUACUGAAUCAGAAACAAAUCCUUUGUGAAACCCAGAAUGCUGCUAUGUGUAAGGAGCAAGAGUGGCUGAGGGUCCAGCAUGAAGAAGCUGUAGACUUACUGAACCAGCAGAUGGCACAGAAAGCUAACACAAAUAUACUUUUAAAUGAGUUUUACAACAAAAAAAAGGAUGCAGAACAAGAAAUAACCAACCUAAUGAAUGCUAUAAAAGAAGUGAAAGAUGUUCUAGCUAAAGAAAUACAAAUAUUUAAUGAUGAAAAAGAAAUGUGGGAUAGAAAGAAUGCAGAGAUGAAAACAAAACUUGAUCUUCAGAAAGCAGAAACUUCAGGAAAAAAGGAUGAAUUUGAAAAAUUGUCCACAAAGCUAUCGGCUGUGCAGUCUGAGAUAGCUCAAAAUACAGCGAUAAUUUUUAAUGAGAAAGUUCAGAUAGCACGACUGAAAGAAACAAACGAACAACUAAUAAUGGAAUUAAAACUUAAAGUGACAGAAAAGCUGGAACUCUGUGAAAGGAAAUAUAGCCUCGAUUCUGAUCUACUGCUUUUGCAAUCAAAAAUUUCCCAAGAAAGAGAGAAUCUAAAUAUUGAUAUAGCAAAGACUAAGGAAGAAUUAAGUACAGCUGAAGGCCUGAAUAGAAAACUUAAACAUGAAAAUAAAUUUAUAAGUAGCCAGUAUCAGAUAUUACUGGCAGAAGAGGAACACUCACAUGCAAAAAGGAACGAGGCAGCAACAGAACUUGAACGAUUAUCCAAUUGGCUGGAUGAAAGACUUGAAGUUCUGUCAAAGCGUGUGGUGGAGGAGCAAAACAUGGAGGAUGAAGUUGAGAGACUCGAAGAUCUCUUUCAAGCUUUGCUUCAGUGGAAACAACUUCACCUAGCAAAGAAGAAGGAAGUCUUGUGGAUAACAGAGGAGACAUUCAUGAAUGAAAUGAAUGUACGACUUGAGACUGGUAAAAAACGUCAUGCUGUGCUAAUUGCAGAGAAUGAGCAUUUCCAGAAAGAAAUUUUGCAGGCUGAAGAACAAGUCAAACACCUUAGUGAUGAUGUAAAUAAAAGGGAAGCUGAAGGUGAGAAGUAUGAAAACAGCUUAACAGAAGACAUACAAUGGCUUGAGGAUGAUGUCCAAGCUAAAACUGAAGCUAUAUAUCAAAAAGAACAACAACUAAUUCUGAGCAUCCCUCUCAGAGAAGAAAGACGGAAAGAGUUGGAAGAGAAGCAUAAAAAAUAUGAAGAUUUGAAAAAAAUAGUCUCAGAACUAAAAGAUGACGAGACAAGACUGACAAAAUCCAUUGAUCAGUCCGUCAGGAUGAUUGGUAAACUCAAGAAGAUCAUGGCUGAGCUAAAGAAUGAAUUAAGAAUAAAGCGUGACUUGGCAUUUGACCAGUUGAAAGAUCAUACAGAAGUUCUGAAGUUGCUAGAGAGGGACAUCUAUGAGGUCGACAGGAAGCUCGACAUUGUGAAGACAGAAAACUGCAGACUGAAAUUAUGCAAUUCACAGAUGAAAGCGGAUAUUUUGACAAUGAGCCAUGAAGCCGAAAACCACAAAUCAACAACAAUAAAAAUUCUGAGUGAUCUGACAGUCCUUCAUCAGCUUUUCCUGAAGGGAUGGUCAGAGGACAGUAGCAUUCAAAAGGAAUUUGUGGAGAAUGAGAAGGAAAUCCUGGCUGCAAUAGCAGAUCUUGUAAUGAAACUUCAUGAGAGAGAGAAAAAGAUUGAUUGUAUUAACAAAGGGCUACAAAAUAACUUUGAUGGACUGGGUUCUUUAUUAGAAAGUAAAUCCAGCAUGGAACCCAAUGUUUCUGAAGGAUAGAAUAUUGGAGUAAAAAGGAAAAGGUAAGUAUCUCUAUAUUGAUCCCUAUGCUACAUUUACUUGCAAUAAGCUAUGCUUUUAACAGUCUACUGACUAAGAGAAAUUUUAGGAUUAAGAUAUAAGAUUCCCCAGUCUUAUCCAAUGACAUGCUUAUCAUUAGUGCUACUUGCGUUUUGUUUUCACAUUUCUUUUUGACAACUUAGGGCCAAACUUUUAAGCCUGCAGCCACGCUGUCCAUGAACAGAAAUGCAUAUGCAAUUGCUCUGUUGUCAUUACCAUAGCUGUGAAUGCAAAUGUCUAUUGCAGUUGGUCCAGAAACCCAGUCACCCAAAGUGCAUGUGCAAUCCCAGUAAUUGAGUCUGAAAAUACAGGUACAAGACUGUGCACAGAACACUUUUUUUUUAAAUAAAAGUCUGUUCCAAUACUAGCCAUGGGAGUUGGUAUUUUAAUGUAUAUAUCUAUCAGGGCCAUAUUUUCAGAAGUACCUUAUGGAUUUGGGUACAUAAAAAAUAGGAACGUUUGUAUGCAAACAGAUAGGUGUACCAAAUCUCAUUAAGCAAAUACCUAUUUUCCACACCCAAAUGUGUUUUCGUGUGUACCAUUGUAGAAGUCCUUUUUGAAAUAGUGGAUCUAAU